AUGGCGAAGAAGGAUAAGAAGAAAAAGGAAAAUGAGGAACCACCGGAGUCAGAAGUACAAGAAGAAGUUUUGGUGGCGACUACGGAUCUGGAACCAGAACCACCAGAAGUUCAAUACACCGAUACUUCGUACACAAGCGCCUCAUUUGAAUCAUUGCCACCAGUUAUAGAAGAACCAAAACCAAAGAAAAAAAAGGGAAAGAAAAAAGCCGAAGAGGCCGUCGAAGAAGUAGUAAAGAAGACUAGCAGCGAAUUGUUCCAGUGGUCAGAGGAAUCUUUACCUCUUGAGGAACAAGUGCAGAAAGUCGAAGAGGAACAAGUUGUUGUUAAAAAGAAAGGAAAAAAGAAAGGAAAGAAAGAAAAAGAGGAAAUACCUGACUUUGAAAAGCCAAAGAAUUGGAAGAAGAUGAAUAAAAAGGAAAGAGAAAAUUGGCUUCAACAAAGAAUAGAGGAAUGGAGGGCCGAAAAAGAGGCUGAGAAGCAAGCAAUUUUAGCUGGAGCAAAAGAGAAAAGGGCAGCUCUGGCUAAAGAAAGGGCUGAACUAAUGGCGAGUGACCACGCCGAAGAAGAUAUAAGAAGAGAUAUACUAGCGAAAACGUGUACCCUGUUUCAUAAGUAUGAAAAAGAAAAAUUCCAAUUGGCCAGACAGAAACAACUAGAUGACGAAUGGCAGCAAUAUCUGAAAUGCGAUGGCUUACCAGAUCCACGUGUUGUGACCCAAAUGAAUACAUACAUACAUGUAUGGCAAGAAAGUGGUAAUUGUGACGAUGAUGAAUUGGACAGACGAUGUCAGGAGGCAUUACCAAUGUUAGAAAUGUUGGAGGAAUUUAUGGCUAACGCUAGACAAUACACGCAACAACAAGCAGCUAAUUACAAUGAGAUCCGUUUAGAACUUCGACAUCAGUUAGCUGAAGCUAUACAAUGCGCUUCAUUCACACUCUUACGUGAUUUGGAGAAUAAAUUGAAAUGGGAUUCAAUUAAAUUAGCAAUGUACGAGCGUGAAUUCAAAGGUUUGAAACUAAAUUUAUGGGUAGCUGUCCCCUUGCCAACUAGGAAACCUAAACCGGUUGAACCAGAAAGGGAACCCGUUGAGCUAUUCUUUCCUUCUAUAAAAGUGGGUGUAAAGUUACCCAAAACAAUAGAUGGCUCACGUGUGUGUGUUCGUGCGGCUAGAUCUUUGAUAGACCUUCUAAGUGAAAGUUCUAGAAGCUUCAGCCUGGCUGCAGAAAUGCCGAAUAGAUAUGAAGAUCUCUUUAUAUUUAACGUAAAAGAACACGUUGAGACAUACAAGCUAAAGAAAGAACAAGACGAAAUAAGAACAAAGUUCUAUAAAGAAAUACGGGAAAGAAUAAAAGAAGUUGAAGCAUUUUUGAAAGCAAAUCCAUAUACAAAAAACGAGAAAGAAAAAGACGAAUUGGAUAAUCUUAAUAUGGCUGAACCACCUUUCCUCCCUGAUCCAAGAACAUAUUUAGGAGAACAGAAUGGAUUUGCAGCGGUGUUUUAA